AUGAACACAAAGGAUGUACAGUCUCUCCGAAGGUGUCAAGCUGCUCACAAAUCACAGCAGGUGGCGCGACGUAUCUGCUUACAUUUAUCAAUCUUUAUUGUUGUGUCCUCAUGCCGGUUGUAUUUUUUUCAUACUUUGUUGCAUAACUGGGCGUACUCCCAUGGUAGUUUCAGUAACAAGGACUCUGUUCUUGUUCUAAACUCUGUUUCCAUGGCCGAUAACGUUACUCCUGUUCCUCCUACCCUUCCUCCAGCUGCCUCCUCUCAACCUUCUUUUCGACGAGGUUUUGUCAAGCAGGUUUUGUCGGGAGAUGCUGUUGUUCUGCAAGGUCAGCCAACAAACGGCCCCCCACCAGAGACUACAGUCUAUCUCAGCAAUGUGGUUGCUCCUCGACUUGCCAAGCGUCCCACAGAGACGACAGCUGCUACAGUAGACGAGCCAUUUGCUUGGGAUUCCCGUGAAUUUCUCCGCAGGAAACUCGUCGGCCAAGUAGUGACUUUUGUGAAAGAGUUCACUGCUGCAUCCGGUCGUGACCACGGAAAGGUCUAUCUUGGAGGAACAAAUCCUGAUAACGCCGAAAAUGUCACCGAAACAGGAGUGGCUGAAGGAUGGCUUGAAGUCCGUCCUGGAAAAAUUGCAGAUGAGUACGUCACCAAAUUGCUCGAGUUGCAAGACCAGGCAAAAGCUUCUGGGAAAGGUAAAUGGGGAAGCUCAAGCGACUCAAUUCGUGAAGUGAAGUGGGUCAUCGAGAACCCUAGACAGCUUGUAGACCACUACAAACAGAAACCUGUUGAUGCAGUCGUUGAAAUGGUUCGCGAUGGCUCCACACUUCGAGUGAUGUUACUACCUAGCUUCGAAUACAUAACGCUACAAUUGUCCGGAGUUCGAGCUCCUGCCACUCGCGCCGGAACAGAUGGAAAAGCUGAAGCUUUUGCUGAGGAGGCUAAGUACUUCGUUGAACAGCGACUUCUUCAGCAAGACGUUCAGGUUAUACUAGAAUCUACAUCAAACCAAAAUGUUGUUGGAUCUGUAGUUCAUCCCAAAGGUAACAUAGCGGAAUCUCUUUUACGUGAGGGCUAUGCCAAAUGCGUGGACUGGAGCAUUGGAUUAUGCACUGGCGGAGCCGAACGACUUCGCGCCGCUGAGAAGCAAGCGAAAGAUAAAAAAUUACGGUUGUGGAGAACCUACCAACCGUCAGCUGCAAGCGCUCUCACUGGUGACAAAAAAUCGUUCACAGGGAAGGUUGUCGAAGUCAUUAUGUCUGAUGCCAUGGUAGUACGAAAAGCAGACGGAUCAGAAGUAAAGAUUCACCUUGCUUCUGUGAGAUUGCCAAGAGAUUCUGACGAGAAACCAUCUGUUGGUCGUCAAUUCCGACCGUUGUACGAUGUUCCGUUCAUGUUCCAAGCCAGGGAGUUCCUUCGAAAAAGGUUGAUUGGAAAGAACGUUAAUGUCACGGUCGAUUACAUACAGCCAAAGUCAGAACAAUUUCCAGAGAAAACUUGUUGCACAGUGAAAGUUGGGGAGCUUAACAUUGCUGAAGCUCUGAUUCUCAAGGGUCUCAGCAAGGUAGUUCGACAUCGAUCGGACGACGAAAAUAGGUCUUCGGAGUAUGAUGCAUUGCUUGCCGCCGAAGCAAAUGCUGAAAAAAGCAAGAAAGGUCUUUUUGCUGAUAAGACUGCUGACAAAAAGGACACUCUCCGAAUUCAAGAAUUACAAGGAGAUCUAGCGAGAAGUAAACAGUUUUUGCCGUAUCUUCAAAGAAGCACGAGAGCGGAAGGUGUUGUAGAAUUUAUUGCCAGCGGAUCUCGGCUCAGGAUCUACAUACCCAAGGAGACAGUCGUGAUCACUUUCCUCCUUGGUGGCAUCAAUUGUCCCAAGAGUGGGCGUCCUGGUCCUGGAGGCAUUACGGGCCCAUCUGAACCUUUUGCUGAUGAAGCAACGGCAUUUACACGUCGUAUGGUUCUUCAGCACGAAGUCGAGAUUGAGGUAGAAGGUCUGGACAAAAUGGGCAAUUUCAUUGGAUACUUGUUCGUUACCCCUGAGGCUGGUGGCAAGCCACAAAAUCUUUCUGAAUUGCUUCUUGACCAAGGACUGGCUACGCUACAUUUCACCGCAGAGAAGAGCGGGCAUUACAAUCAGUUGGUUGCAGCUGAGCAACGAGCUAAAGCAGCUAACCGUAACAUCUGGCAGAACUACAAAGAAGAGGAAGUCGUACCUGACGAAGUUGUCGCUCAGCAGAAUGAUGUAUCUGAAAGGAGGAUACAAUACAAAAAGGUGGCUGUGACAGACAUAACGAAGGGAACCCUCAACUUUGCGGCACAGUUGGUUGAGGAUGGAGCAAAGCUGGAGAAGAUGACCGCCGACUUGCGGGAGUAUCUUCGACAACACCCACCGAUGACAGGAGCAUUCAGUGCGAAGCGUGGCGACGUGUGUGCUGCUCCAUUUUCUGUUGAUGGAUUGUGGUACCGUGCUAAGGUUGAAAGCGUUCGAUCGGGGCAAGCUGAGGUCCUCUUCAUCGAUUACGGAAAUCGUGAGGCUGUGCCUGCUUCGUCGUUGGCGCAGCUUCCUCCAGGUUUCGCUCACAUUCCAGCCGGAGCUAAAGAAUACGGGAUUGCGUUGGUUGCGAUACCUAAUGAUAAGGAAUAUGGUUUGCAAUGCGAAGAUGCUCUCCAACAACUAUUGUUCUCCGUACCCACUGCCGAAAUUAAUGUCGAGUACAAGAUCGGUUCCACUGAAUACUGUCAAGUUAUGAUAGAAUGUGCAGGGAAGAAAGUCGACGUUGGUAAAGCACUUAUAGAAGACGGAUUUGCACUCGUUGAAAAGAGGAAGGAAAAGAGACUUCAAAGCAUGCUGAGCGACUACGAACAUGCAGAGCAGAAAGCGCGUCGUGAACGCAAGAACAUCUGGGAAUUCGGAGAUUUCACUGGAAACGACCUUUAA